UUUAUUCGGGCUGUAGACACUGCAUUUACCCUAAUUAUGUGAAACGUAGUGAAAACUUUAAGACCACUUUAUGAAAUCGUUAAAAGUCUUUUAUGUUGACGUCUAGGUUGAUACGUUUUGAAACCGGAAACGGCUGCUUUGUGGCGCUACUUUUGGCGAAGUUAAGGUUUCGUAUCAUUUUAUUUUAAGGUGCACGUGAGUUUCAUAUAUAGCUUCCAAAGAUGUCUCUAAGUUCAGUGCAGUCCACCUUGUCCACUCUGAAGUCAUGUCAAGCAGACCUUGGAGGUUGUAUGGACAUGGUAUCAGAUGUUGCGCUGGGAAUAGUUGAAGCACAAGGUAUGGAUAACAGUCCAGCUCUGAAGAAGCUGGAGGAAAUGAUUCUGGAGUGCUCGAGACUGGACAGAGAAAUCAACUGUUUUGUGGAGUCUGUUGAUGAGAUGACUGCUCAGGUCAGACAUGAACCUCCUGAGGCUAUGGUUCACCUGAGAAACUCCGUAAAGGAGCGAUUCAAUGAGCUUAUGGCCGGAGUUACAGAUGCAGACCUACAAAGGCACAGCAAGGUUGUUGCCUUCAGAGACAAUGUCAGGAAAUAUGCCAUGCAAGCAGGUCAAUCUGCUGCUGAGAAUGAAGAAGAGGAGCUGGAUGAGGACAUUGCUGUAACACAGAGCCAGACAAACUUCAUCUGCCCUCUCACCCAGGUUGAGAUGGUAAAUCCAAUGAAAAACAAGAAAUGCCAUCAUUACUAUGACCAAGAGGCUGUACUUGAAAUGAUUAAGGCCAGGCACAAAAACAAGAAGAAAUUUCGCUGUCCAAAGGUUGGCUGCGGAAACACAGAUGUUCAGCAGUCAGAUCUCGAGUUGGACCUGGUUAUGAAGAGAAUGAUCCAGAAGCAUAAGAGACAGAGCGGAAAAACUUAAUUUGACUAAAUCAGUCCUGCAGAUGUUAGUUGUUCGGUCUAUAAUAAGAAAAUGGUUUUGCCUGAAUUUUAAAAUGUAGAACUGGAGACUUUUGUAGUAAUAUUUGGUUCAUGUUAAUCUAGAACACAUUUAUUGUUCAUGUUUGGAAUACAAAUGCACUAUGCUUGUCAAUGCUGCCUUUUUUUUCUUU